CUCCCUCCAUCCCAGCCGUCUCUCUGUCUCAUUCUUUCAACCCUGUCUUUCACUGUCUUCGUUUGAUCUGCAUAUCUGCAAAGCCUGAUACCUUCUUGUUGUGUGCUUUUACUUUCUAUCCACCUUAUGAGCAUGGCGUCCCAGUCCGACUUCUUCUCGGCUAUGACCAACCGGUCGCUCCGCAACGUCCGAUCGGAGCUCGAGUUUCUCGCAGAUGCAUCAGUCAUUACUCCGCAACAGCUCUCAUCCAUUCUAUCGCAACUACCGAGGGACGAUGAACGCAGCAGAGCCCCCGUGCCUCAGCAGCAGCCACCAGUGCAACAACCACCUGUCGUCGCCCAGCAGCCCCCUGCCCCGUACUCUCCUCCUACGAACCAGUUUGCAAACACUGCCUUGAACGAGAAGGCCACUUAUCAACAGCCUCCUCCGCAACAGUACUCAACCCCGCCUGUUCCGCCACCUGCUUAUCCCCAAGCUCCACCGGUACUGUCUAUCGCUUCGGCGCUCUAUGCCUACACUCCGACGGAUCCCGGAGACUUGGCUCUCCAGCCAAACGAUCGUAUUCAAGUCUUAGAACACAUGAAUGCCGACUGGUGGCGUGGUCGUAAUGAGCGCACCAACCUUGAGGGUAUCUUCCCUCGGAGCUACGUGAACGUGCUGAAUGACAAGGCCGUUUCGUCUCCUCCCCCGACAAACUAUGGAAACAUGCCGCUGGAAGUCAGCCAGAGUGGCUCGGCGCCUCCGGGUGAAGAGGGCAAGAAGUCCAAGUUUGAGGAGCAGGGCAAGAAGUUUGGCAAGAAGAUGGGCAAUGCCGCUAUCUUCGGUGCCGGUGCUACCGUCGGUUCGAACAUUGUCAACAGCAUCUUUUAGAUGCGUGGCUAGUCGAACUCUAUUCGCUUUUUAGUUCUUAUUCAAGUGCAGGCCGGAGAGGCGCCCUUUGAUGUUUCUUUCGCACACCCUCAUUUGCUCAUGGGAAAGGCGUUGGUGGUUGAUUUCAUCAUUAUUCGGCAAAACCAUUGAGUUCGGAUUAGUUGGGAUAGCGCGUCGCAGACUACUUGGGUUAAUGGUGAAAUUAUUCUAGUCAUAGAAGUA